AUGAAUAAUUCUUAAAAUAGAUAAAAAAAGUCUUCUGUUAGAUUUGGACAUUAGAAGAUGGAGUCAUUAUUUUUUUAAAAAGUGAAUUUGAUGUAAUGACAUGAAUUCGAAUAAAAUUUUAGGGCUUUUAGUAUUAGAAACGAUAAUAAUAUUAAGAGAGAAGAUAAUUAAUGGUAAAAUAGGUAGAAGAGUGGAAUUAAAAGUAGGGUUUGA